ACAUAUGUAUGCAUUUCCGUAAUAAGUUUAAGGGUGAAAUGUAUUACAUUUGCUGCUUUGUUCCCCACAUUUAGUGAAUGCAGUCGCCCCAAACUUGUUUUGUGGACAAAAAAUUUUUUAAGUGAAAUAUGAAUUGAAAAUUGCAAAUAGAAAUAAAAAUCCUACAUAAAUAUGAGAUUUGAGGGAACCACUUUCAGGGCAAUUUUAAAAAUACCUGGUAGAACUUUAUUAUAAUUCUAAGACAAUCAUACUAAGAAAAACCAGAAUACUUCGCUGAGCUACGUUAGGGCGACUUUUGUGUGAAUCGAAUAAAAUGUUUACAAAAAGAAUAUCAUUUGUUUUACUAAUUUCGGUGCUAAAUGUUUGUGGUUUAGAUGUAUAUGAAAAUGGCUUAAGUUUUGCUGCGCUCAAGGAAAUUACAACAAAAUCACACACUGACGAGAUUCCAUCCGGAAUAUGCCAAGUAUAUAAUGGCACAACUUGUGAGAAAUUCUUAAAAAACCAAAGCGUCUUCGUACCACCAAAUCUCUCGCUGAACGAACUGGAAGAGCGUUUGAAGGCAGCCUAUGGCGUUAUAAAAGAAUCCAAGGACAUGAAUGCCAAUUGCCGCGUUUAUGCUCUACCAAGUCUAUGCUUCAGCUCGCUUCCACUCUGCCGUACACCAGAACGUACAAAUUUACUCUAUUUCUCUAAUCGCGCUACACAAAAGGAGCGCAAAUCGAAAAAGUUCAAUACGACGCACGACUUUAGUGCGAGCACUGAAAAUCACAUAACAGGCUAUCGGCGUCCACGUUUUCUCGAUAAGAAUUUCAAGGAUCGUCGUUCAUUUUUAAAACGUAAAUCUUCCAUAACUUACGAUGAUGUAUUUUCUGGCGAAAUAUCGAGUCAAUAUCCACCCACGAGAGAAUCGGAAAAUCUACGUAGAAUUUGUCGUGAUGAAUGUGAAUUGUUGGAGAAUGAAUUGUGUCAGAAAGAGUAUGCCAUCGCUAAACGACAUCCGGUUUUGGGACAAAA